AACUACCCGGCAACUCUUUCCCGAUGUGACACUUCAACUGUACAAAUAAAUAUUUAUAAUUUACAAAAUUACCCUCUCGAGUUUCUGUUCCUAUCUCUAAUACACAAACCCAUAAUCUCGAGUUCUUGUUCUCCUCCUGCUCUGUCUCACGAUCACGAAAAUGGGUCUAAGCCAAACCGCAACCGCACUCGUAGCUGUAUUCGCGUUGUGUCUAACGGCAGUCACGGCCCAGCUCGCCUACGUUUUAUGGUGGAAACGGCGGUUUCGCCGUCGGAGUAUCUCCGGAGGAUCAGAGCUCGACGUGUUUUCCUCCCGCGGUGGACACCCUACGGCGACACCACCGCCGUCAAAGGAGCUUCUCUACUUCUUCCUCUUUUGUGUAGAAAAGAAACAGUUCCGGAUAGGAUCCGCCACCGCUCCACCUCUUCCCACCGCUGCACCGCCGGCUGAUGACAUGGCGUCGAAGUGGUCAACCACGGGAGAGGGUUUACUUUCCGGUCCUUCGGAGACUCUGUUUACCAUAGCUGAAGACUCUACCAGCGAGAGUGAUCAUAUGACGGCAGAUAUGGAGCCACGUGGAAGCGUAUCAGUCGACGAUCAUGUGAGAGACGACGAACUGGAAGAGGGUUCUGUCGUUACGGAUCAUAACGACGACGAGGUUGACUCUAGUGAAUAUAAUCACGACGAAACUACGCCGUUUUCUACUCCGUGUGCUUCGCCGCCGUUUUACACGCCCUCGCCUUCUCCGGUUCGUGAUGAUCUCACGAAUGAGCUAGGCGAGGAGAGUUGAGAUUAUGGGGAAAUCCAAAUCUCUGAUUAGUCGGGAAUUGACCCGGUCAAAGUGUCAAUCAGGGACGAGUUUCGUUUUUAUCCGGUUAGGUUUCGUAUGGGUCUUAAACCGUAAUUUAACUAGUUUCGUAACCGAACCGAGACCCUAUUGUGAAUUUGUAACAUUAUUGAUGAUGAAUUAGGCUUUCGUUA